AUGGUGCAAAACGUGUACGUGUCGGCCGUCACGCCAGACAACAUAAGUCGCACGGAGCUACUCGCCUGGGUCAACGACACGCUGCAGAGCAGCUUCGCGAAGAUUGAAGAAAUGUCGACGGGGACUGCCUACUGCCUCUUCACCGAUGUGCUCUUCUCGGCGUCGAUUCCAUUGAAAAGGGUGAAGUGGAACAGCAAGAACGAGGUCGACCACAUCAACAACUGGAAAAUUCUGCAAACCAGCUGGAAAACACUUGGGAUUGACAAGCCUGUGCCCGUUGAGAAGUUGCUGAAAGCGAAAUUCCAAGACAACUUCGAGUUUCUCCAAUGGUUCAAGAAGUUCUUUGAUGCCAACUACGAUGGACACGAGUACGACCCAGUGGCUGCUCGGGGUGGAGAGGCACUACCUCUUGGUGGAAAGGGUGCCCCAAAGCCCGUCGCUCGGGCUGCUCCAGCCCCACGACUCGCCCCCGCUGCCCGACCAACUCCUGCUACUCAACGACCUGCUACAUCGCAACCUGCUCCUAAGCAGGCAUCCAUUGCACCGACACGAGCCACCAAUGGAAACAGCAAGCCGAGCGAGACGGAUUUGAAGUUGAUCGAAGAGCUGAAGACAAAGAAUGCCGACCUCGAAGCGCAGGUCUCCGAAUGUUUCGACAGCAUCUCUGCCAUCGAACAAGAACGCAACUUUUAUUUCGAGAAGCUCAGAAAAGUUGAGGACUUGUGUAACGCUGAGGAGGGUGAUUUGGUCAAGAAGAUUCUGAACAUUCUCUAUGAAACCGAUAACGGAGAAGCACAAGAAGGAUGCGAACCAAAAGCAGAAAACGGAGAGCAGCACACCGAGCAACACGCCGAGCUGGUAGCUGCGCACGACGAUGACGAGGCAACGUUC